AUGAGAUUUUCUUCGCUGCGCGGCAGGCCAGAGGUAAUCUAUUCCGAUAACGGAAGAAACUUCGUCGGAGCGAGCAGAGAGCUCAACGAACUCCGGAAAAUCUACAACGAUGAGAAUUUCCAGAACAAAUUGGUUGAAACUGCAGCGGACAAGGGAAUAAACUUCUCCUUCAUUCCACCUAGAAGCCCCAAUUUUGGAGGGCUCUGGGAGGGUAAUAUCAAAGUCGCGAAGAGCUUGUUUGCCGCAGCAGCCCGUGGAGCCUGUUUCAACAUUUUGAAGUUGCAGACUGUGCUCUACCAGGUUGCGGCGAUAAUGAACUCUCGUUCUUUAACCGCGGUCUGGUCGGACCCCAGCGUGCCACAGCCGCUAACCCCAGGUCACUUUCUCAUCGGGAGACCCAUGACGGCUCUACCCAUCCCAAUCAAACUGAUCGAAAACGGGAACCUUUCAAUACGCUGGAAGCGCAUGCAGCGUCAAACCCUGCAAUUUUGGAACAAGUGGCAAGAUGAAUACUUGCAACACCUGCGCUGCGUAGCCAAGUGGACCAAACGGCAGCCUAAUUUGGAAAUUGGACAAAUUGUCCUCAUAGGAGAUGACAACAACCCCGUAGCAAUGUGGCCUAGCCUAGUAUCCAUCCGGGUGCAGACGGAAUCGUUCGAGUCGCCACGGUUCGCGUGGGACCCAACGUGUACAAGCGCAAUGUUCGGCUAUUGGCUCCAGUACCACUCGAAUUACCAGAAGCCGACAUCAGCAUCGAAUGAAGGCCAGUGA